AGUCUGGAAAGAAAGCUGAAAGAGGCAUCAUCAUCUCGACCAUCUGACAUCAGACACCCGGAUAAGAGAAGCAGCUGCAGCCUUCACAUUACAGAGCUGGAGUGCGACAUGGGAGAACGAUGGAUGGCCUACAGCGUCCAAAGGAAGAUCCUGGACGAAGGGGCUGUGGAUGAUAUGGCAGAAAAGUCUGAGUCAAAAACACAGACUCUGUCGGAGAAAUUCAAAAAGUCAAUGAGGUGCUCUGUUCCCCGGCUGAAGAGCUUCCUGCUGCGUAGCAUUCCUCUCUUAUCGUGGCUGCCCUCUUACUCCAUCAGGGAAAACGCCAUUGGUGACCUGGUCGCUGGGAUCAGUGUGGGGAUCAUGCAUCUACCCUUUGGUAUGGCCAUUGCUUUGCUGGCAUCUGUUCCUCCAAUCUUUGGCCUUUACUCGUGCUUCUACCCGGUCCUUCUUUAUUGUAUCUUUGGCACAUCCAAGCACAUCUCCGCGGGACCAUACACAGUGGUGGGUGGAAUGAUAGGAGGAAUUGCAGAUCGACUAGUCCACAACUCAGACUUUAUGAUAUGGAACAAUGUGACCAACUCCAGCAUAAUUGACACCAAGUCUCGAGAUGCAGCGAGGGUCGAAGUGGCUGUAGCUGUCUCCUUCCUAUCUGGAGUAAUUCAGAUUCUGCUCGGUCUGGCCCAGUUUGGUUUCCUGGUGACGUACCUGUCUGAGCCGCUGGUCCAAGGUUACACUACUGGAAAUGCUUUUCAGAUCAUUGUUUCCCAGCUCAAAUACGUCUUUGGCAUCAACCCUGCUGGACACACUGGACCAUUGGCAUUGAUAUAUACGUUCGUGGACAUCUGUUAUCUCAUUCCACACAGCAACAUUGGUACUUUGGUGGUUAGUGUUAUCACCUUCGUCUGCCUUUUCGUCGCUAAGGAGCUCAAUGUAUGUUUGAGUAAAAAAAUACCUGUUCCCAUACCUAUGGAGGUGAUCAUUUUGAUUAUUGGUACAUUUGUGUCCUGGCAAGUGAACUUGAAGGGGAAUUAUGGAGUGGAGGUGGUGGGACUCAUUCCCUCAGGCAUCAAGCCCCCGGUUUUCCCAGACGUCUCUCUGUUUGGCCAGGUGAUAGGGGACGCCUUUGCUCUGUCUGUGGUUGGCUACAGCAUGGUGAUCUCACUAGGACGAAUUUUCGCCCUCAAAUAUGGAUACCAGGUGGACAGCAACCAGGAACUAAUCGCCCUGGGUCUGAGUAACUCUAUCGGAGGAAUGUUCCAGUGUUUGUCCAUCAGCUGCUCCAUGGCUCGAUCUGCGAUUCAGGAGCUCGCAGGAGGGAAAACUCAGGUUGCUGGAGCACUAUCAGCAAUAGUUUCCCUUUUUAUCAUGCUUUGGAUUGGGGCUCUCUUUAAAGAUCUGCCUAAGGCAGUGCUGGCUGCCAUCAUCUGUUUCUCCCUCCAGGGCAUUUUGAAGCAAUUCCUGGACAUCCCUGUAUUGUGGAGAAAAAGCAAAAUAGAUGCAGUCAUCUGGGUGGCCACCUUCAUCUUCACCUUGUUGUUAAACUCAGACAUCGGACUAGCUGCUAGCAUUGGCUUCUCCAUGCUCACCGUCAUCAUCAGGACACAGCUCCCUAAGUAUUCCCUGCUGGGGCAGGUUCCAGGCACUGACGUUUACAGGCCACUGGAGCAGUACAAACAGGUGAGGCAGGUGCAAGGGAUUUUGAUCUUCCGUUCCUCUGCUACACUCUACUUUGCUAAUGCUGAGCUGUAUCAAGAUGCCCUGAGAAAGAAGUCUGACAUUGAUGUUGCCAAGAUCCUGUCAGCAAAGAAGAAACUCAAGGCCCAAAGGAAGAGGAUUGAGAAGGAAAAUGCCAAGAAAGCCAAGAAGAAUGAAGUAAACAUGGUGUCAGAGCACCAGGAAAUUGCUGUCAUUAAAGUGGAUGUUAAGCAUGAGCCAUCAUAUCCACAAGCCAUCGUUCUUGACCUCAGCCCCGUCAACUUCCUGGAUACUGUGGGAAUCAAGGCGCUACAAGAAAUCCAAAGAGACUAUGGCAAAAUUGGCAUCGAGGUGGUUCUUGCUGGCUGCCAAACUGAUGUUGUGGACAACCUGCAGACUGGAGGUUUCUUCGAUGACAAAAUGACAAAGUCCUGUCUGUUCUCCACCAUCCAUGAUGCCGUUUUGUUCUGUCAGUCGGCCAAAAUGGAAAAUGAGGAGACCAUGGAGACAGUGUUCUGAGUCCUGAGAGGAAAGAUGGAGGACAUUGUGAAAAAUGACAGACAUUCAUUGAUUAUGCCCUGAGCGUCAGCUAACUGGGACUUCUGUCUGUCACACUACAGACACACAAAUCUACAGAUAUGCACACAUCACAUGGUCAAAGCAGAAACACAUUAAUGUUCCAUGCUUGACAAGGAUACAAAUCAAAGCAGCAGCAACACACACACACACACAAACAGUCAUGCAGUAAACAGCACACACAUACACACUUGUAGCUGAUGAAUAUUAACACAUUGAUAUUUCUCUUAGAGGGUUAUUUCAUUACAUUGACAUUUAACUAGUAAUAUUCAACCAUUAUAUUUGUGUAUUAAUCUUUUAUUUACGAAAAUAUAUUAUCAAAAAUCCAAUAUAUAUGUACUUACAUUAAAAAAUAAAAUAAUUUUGUCUGA